UUCACAUUUUCUGAUCCUCAAGUUUUCACUUCUCUUCGCUCCUUCGCCUCGUCAACUCGUUGCCUUCGUCGCCUCCGUCGACACGGAUAAUCGUCAUGGUCUAAUUGUCGCCAGAGUGUCACACCCACCCACCAAAGUAUCACCCAACCUCUGAAUUGCCAUUACUGUCAAGGGUUUCACCUCUUUUCGGUCAUUGACUUGACUUCGUUUUUUCAUUCAAGUUCAUUCUCGAGGGCGAGGAGGAGAGGAGCUGGAGACAUUCGGAGGUGAACUGUCGUGCGAGGUGGACUUCUGCGGGUCAUAGUCUUGUAAAAAUUUAUUGAAAAAGUUAUAGAAAUCGUUUUUGAAAUGAUGGAGAUCGAAGUGAGCAAGAAGAUAAGGGAGGCUAUCAAGGCGAAGUUGAUCGAGAUGGGGAGUCAUGUCGAUGACGAAUUGCCAGAUUAUAUCAUGAUUUUAAUUGCGAAUCGUCGCUCCCAGCAAGAUUUGGAAGCCGACUUAGAACUUUUCUUGGGAGAUAAUACUAAAAAGUUUGUCAACUGGAUGACCAACGUGCUAAAAAAGUUGGAGCAGGUCACCGCCGAUACGCCCGGAGGGAGUGCGGGAGGAAACGAUGAGAUCAACAUUGACGGUGAUGAUGGUGAAGGUGAAGAAAACCUUCAGGAAGGAGGAGAACAAGACGAACUUUCCAUCCUUGCAGAAACUUCAAUUGAGGAACCAGAACCAGAACCACCAGUCGUAGAGCAACCAAUAGUUGUGAAUAAUACAGAAAAUGUAAAGGAAGGAAAGUCAGGGGAGGAGAAAAGGAGCCGAAAUCGUAGUUCUACCUCAGUUGUCGUGGCUAAAGUGGAAGAGAAACCAAUUAAAGAAACUUCUGAGACAAAGAAAAAACUUUCUUUGAAACGAAAUGACCCUGUCAAGGUUCCAGCAGCUCCCGUAGCGAAUAAGACUAAUAAGACUACUGAUAAGACCGCAACAGUAAGCAAACCUUUAGAGAAGGAGAAAGUACAAGUUUCCACUCCCCCGAUGGACGACCUUCAUAACGACACGCUAAUCUUGGACACAGAAGAGAACGAGUUUGAUUCUUGCGAAAAUGUCGACGAGCUUCGACGAAUCGCUCUCCAGUCGCAGGAGGAGAGAAAGCAGAGGAAAAACAGCAUUGAUAAGUCCCCUCCGAAAAUUGUUCAUCAACGAACUUUAAUCAAGUCUAUUUUGCUGGGUCGUGUCAAGGAGGACAGAGACUCGUCGAACUCGCCGCGAGUUCUUGCUCGAACUACAUCGACACGGUCGGGAGACAAGGAUAGGGAGUUGUUGAGUCGUAGUCGUUCAUCAAGACCGGACAACUCGUCUAGUAGACGCGAAUCAUACAGAAGUCGAACUAGCAGCCGAUCUGAACGAAGCCCGGUCGUCAAAAUUCUUCGGUCACCGCGACGCAAAGUGAGGAGUCCGGAAAGGUCUGGAUCUGGGUUUGGCGGGGAUAAGAAGGGCGACUCGUCCACGGGUUCUGUAUUCAGCCGGAUUGGACGUUCGACGAGGCGAUCGCCAGAAAAGAGAUCGAAAACCCGGUCGCGUUCCCCGAUUAGGACAAUGACGUCAAGGAUUGGAUCUGUGAUACGCCGGUCGUCUUCGCCAGAGGAAGAUUCUCCGGCUAGAAACUCGCUCAGUUCGGUUGUAAAGGUGACCAAUCGACCCAAGAGGGAUCUUCGUUUGAGUGGAAAAAUGUUGCUCAGGGCAGUUGCGGACGCCCAACAGUCAAUCAUCAAAACUGAACAGAAAAGUCCAACCCCACGGACGCCAUCCUCCGAUAAACGCAAGCAAGUUCGCGACCAAGAGGAAAGCCAUCCUCAUCGCAAGCGACCCAACAGUGCAAGUCCGAAACAGGUCGAAGUCAGUCCAAAGCUGAGCCGAUUCGCCAACAGCUCCCCAUCAAGGACCAAGAACUACUACAAGAACACGAAUGAAAUGACGAUGGAAGAGUCGCCCCCUCCACGAAUCUCUGUGAAAGACCGGCUGGGUGUAAAGCAGGAGCAGCCUCGACGGUCAGUCAAGGAUCGAUUGGGGGUCAUUCAAAAUUUUAAUCAGAGUUCAAAUGACCCGUACGACAUUGAGACUUACAGUCCUGGCUGUGAUUAUAAGAUACUAGUUAACGUAUCUGACGAUACGAAUGCUACUCACCAAAGAAAUGUGCUCCUUGCUGCCAAUGACUUGAAACGAAUCUCGAUCCAGGUCAAUAACUCAGAAGACUCAAGCGACGAGAGUUCGGAAAUGGGUAAUGGAUCCCCGACCGCUCAAACUGUUACCAUGGUCAAUUUGGAUGCAAAGAAGAAGAAUGAGCAGAGGAAGAUGGAGAAGGAGUCGGUUUACUUGGGCGGAUCUGACUCAGAACUGCAACUCGUAAUGUCGGAAGAGGACAAGUUACCUGAAGUGCCUAACGGAACCCAAGUGGUGGAGGAAGAGUACGAAGAGGAGUAUGAGGAGAUUGUUGAAGAGGAAGACGAGGAAAAUGCUGGUGAAUCGUCAACUCAAUCAACCCAAGACCUCUCACAGGCUAGUACCAUGAGCUCACAGGAACAUACUGUUUCUAUCACGAUCAACAAGGUUAUUCCCUCGAACCCGGUCACAACUCUCAAGACCAGUUUGCCCGACUUGCGGACCCUCAUGAGCCGAUCUAAGCCUUCCCCCAUGGCCCCAUCUAUUACGAACAACAACAAUAAUAACGGGUCUACCCUAAAGUGCAAAUUCUGGCCUAGCUGUCAAUUCAAAGACAAGUGCAUUUAUGAACAUCCGAAAUGCAAGUUUGACCCGUGCACUAAAAAAGACUGCAUUUACAAACACGAGCUUUCAAUUGCUCCUCAAAAAUCGCCGCAAGGAGGGGGAAAAAUCGUGUGCAAGUGGUACCCAAAAUGUACCUCAAUGAACUGCAAGUUCCAUCACCCAAGCCCCUGUCGAUUCGGAAUGGGAUGUACGGACGCUCGCUGUGAAAACUAUCACCCUGGAGUUCACCUUGGCAUGCAGAAACUCAAAGCAAAAGGCGUCCCCCUCAUCCCUAAAGGGAGUCAACUCAAGUGGGUCAAGAAGUAAGCGGAAGGAACAUUAACGACAAAUUAUGUUAAUAUAUAAUCCAAUAGUACUACCAUCACAAAUUUAUCUUCGUAAUCUUAUAUAAUACAGAUAAUUAGUUAAGUAAUCAAUAUAAAUGGCAGAAAGUAGGGAUUUUGCGUAGAAGGUUUAGUAGAUGAGUGAGUGAGUAAAAAAUCCAGAAUUUUGUUACUCCCCAAGUAUUUGCAUACGGCCCGUAAUUAAUUAAUUAAUUCACAUUUUGUACUAAAUACUUAAAAAUCUUUUAUUCAUCCAGUAUGGAAUGAAUUUUUAUAUAAAAAAUCAAUUCUUUUUUCUGCUCAAUAUUAUAAUGGCAAACUCGGAGAGAGAGAAGAGAUAAUCUUAAUUUAUUUUCGUAUUAUGCUUAAAGUCUGUCCUUCUUCCAUUUUCCUAUCAUUAUCUCAAUUUAUGAAAUCUUGCCAUUUUUCCUUAGUAUAGAUUUUCUGUAAUAAUCGGUUAAAAAAUGAAUAUAAUAAUGUAAUGUAACUUCAAAUAAUUGGGCCUGCAAGUCAGCUUUAAAAAUUCGAUCAGAAUUUAACUAUGUUUUUGUAUGGUUUUACUAGAUAAGUAAGUUAAUUGCUUGCUUAUCUUAUUAUUAUCUUCCAAAAAUUAGUCUGUUGUGAUUUUUGUAAUCGUCUUGGCAUAGCAGAAAACUCAAAAAUAAUAAUUAGGAUACCUCUUAUUUAUCUCUAAUAAUGUUUCAAAAAUAUGUUAUUGUUGGUAUCCUUAAUUGGAUGAAGGCGAGGCUUGUAUUCCGAUAAUCGGUCAAACUGAUUAAUAUUUAUUUAUUGUUAAUUGUUACGAACGAAUGGAAAUUUGGUAUUGAAAUAAUAAAAGAAGUAUGAAAAGUGA